UAUGCUGCCUAGUUCAGUGUCGCAGUAAAAGCACACAGAAUCAGCAAGUAUAAAAUAGAACCUGCAUAUUCUAGUCAAUGCCAUUGGAACUCCAUCAUCUGGAUGACAAUGACAGGCUUUCUCGUUAAACCUUGCGUGGUGUCUUUUCUGACCUUAUUGAUCUUGAAUGGGUCCCAUACUUAUGGCUCGCCUCAUCUGGACGUCAAACCUACCGAAAACAAAGUUGAACCAAGAAUGUUCGGAGAGUCUAUUGACGCACAAGCCAACUCUACUGCCUCAGUCCCAAGUUUGUCGAUUUCUUCCCAUGUCGACCAAAUUCAACCACGUGACUUGUCUGGUGUUCUAACCAAGAACUCAUUUGGCCAAUCCAUUGGAUGCAAUCAGGAGACUUCACUGGGAAAGGCCGAUGUUUACCAAGUGACCUCGCCCAAUUACCCAAAUUCCUAUCCUUUUUUCCGACGAAGAUGCGCAAGAACCUUCAACGUCCAACCCAACAUUGAAGUCCUCAUCUCGUGUCGGGAAUUUUCACUUUCUGGCCGAAUCUUAAGGGAUGGAACCUGUUGGGGUGAUACACUAAGUUUUUACUUUGGUGGUAGUUUGAUUUUGGAAACUUGCGGCAACAGUCUGAACCAGAAGGAUAUCACGGGAUUCCCAAAGACCCACAACGGCUAUGAACUGAGCCUGGACUUCAACACCUAUUGGGGCCGGUCCAACAAGGGCUUCGAUUGCACCCUCCAAGGAAUUAGUACCGUUGAGCAACCUCCCAUUCCUACCACUCCAGCUCCAACUCCAGGUCCUGGUUCUUCUUCAUCCACCACCCAAGCAUCCACUUUCCCUGGAGAUUGUAGUUGUGGAGGAAUCUUUCGCGAAUCCAAUCGUAUCAUCAACGGGGUGGAUGCUAAUCCCAAUGAGAUCCCUUGGCAAGUGGCAGUGGUGUCAAAAGGUCAGGAUGUGCCCUUUUGCGGAGGCACGCUCAUCAGCAACCAGCAUGUUCUGACCGCAGCUCAUUGUAUUCAAAACACGGCCCCUGCCGAUAUUGGAGUAAUUUUGGCUGAACAUGACAUUUCUACUUCAAGUGACGAGGCAAUUACUAAGUCUGUGUCUGAAAUCAUUCCUCAUCCUAAUUAUAACACCAAGACCGUCAACAACGACUUCGCCAUUCUGAAGCUGGCACGUCCAGUUGACUUAAAUCAGAGCAACAAGCUUGUUCAAAAGGCGUGCUUACCCCAAGCCAAUAGUCAAGUUGAAGUUGGUACCACUGCCACGAUUUCCGGAUGGGGAACCCUCGAGUAUGGAGUUUCAAGUCGUCCACGAAAACUUCAGAAAGCCACUGUGGACAUUGAAAACCAAGCCGACUGCGUUUCCAUCUACAAUGGGAUCAACCCUAUCACAAAUCAGAUGAUGUGCGCCCGGAGUGCAGGAGUGGACACUUGCCAAGGAGAUUCAGGCGGUCCUCUCACUGUGCCCGUCAACGGCCGCUAUACUUUGGUUGGUGUCGCCUCAUUUGGUGUCAAAUGUGCUGAUCCUGAGUUCCCUGGCGUGUACGCCAAAGUUUCAAGUGUCUUGCCAUGGAUCAAGGAAAACACUUCGGGAACAUGCCAACCCCAGAUUCGCUAGAAUUCAGGCCGGAUCCAAUAGGAAUGUGAGCCUACAUGGAUCCAAAUGAAAUCCCGCCCAUCGGACUUUAUUCAAAUUUACUUCCUAUUUAUUUUUUCCACAAUUCCAUUGACAAAUAAAGUUUCACAAACAAGCAUUACAAAA